GGCGGAUAAACAGUGUGCCUGCGAUUAAGGAAAGGAAGCUGAGAGACGUUGACUUUAUUCGAACCACAUGGUUCCAGCUUGCGGUGGCAUUCUCGCUGCAGCUGCAAGCGAUGCUGCGCCUUCCCCGUCUGGAUCCGAGUCUAAGUCCGGCCUGUCGCCCAUUGGACCUGGGCGGCCGCGGGCCCAGCGGAGCGAGACCACCUGUGAGGGCUGCUGAGAUUGGCGGAGGCGGUCAUGUGGGCGGUCACGUGCUGCGACGAGCUCAGUCCAAAAGAAAAUGGGGUUUGGUGUAAAUCUGGGGGUGUAAUGUUAUCAUAUAUCACGCUACCUCGUAAAACCGACACUGAAAGCUGCCGGACAACAAAUCACAGGUCAAAAUUAUGAGUUCUUCGUAUUAUGUGAACGCGCUUUUUAGCAAAUAUACGGCGGGGGCUUCUCUGUUCCAAAAUGCGGAGCCGACUUCUUGCUCCUUUGCGCCCAACUCACAGAGAAGCGGCUACGGGGCGGGCGCCGGCGCCUUCGCCUCGACCGUUCCGGGCUUAUACAAUGUCAACAGCCCCCUUUAUCAGAGCCCCUUUGCAUCCGGCUACGGUCUGGGCGCCGACGCCUACAGCAACCUGCCUUGCGCCUCCUACGACCAAAACAUCCCCGGGCUCUGCAGUGACCUCGCCAAAGGCGCCUGCGACAAGGCGGACGAGGGCGUGCUGCACGGCCCAGCCGAGGCCAAUUUCCGCAUCUACCCCUGGAUGCGGUCUUCAGGACCUGACAGGAAGCGGGGCCGCCAGACCUACACGCGCUACCAGACACUGGAGCUGGAGAAGGAGUUCCACUUCAACCGCUACCUGACGCGGCGCCGCCGCAUUGAAAUCGCCCACGCUCUCUGCCUCACCGAGCGCCAGAUCAAGAUCUGGUUCCAGAACCGCCGCAUGAAGUGGAAGAAAGAGCAUAAGGACGAAGGUCCGGCUGCCGCCGCAGCUCCCGAGGGCGCCGUGCCCUCUACCGCCGUCACCGCUGCCGCAGACAAGGCUGACGAGGAGGACGAUGAUGAAGAAGAGGAAGACGAGGAGGAAUGAGGGGCUGAGCCGGGGCCCUCGCUGCACCGGACAGUCGGAAAAGCGUCUUUAAGAGACUCACUGGUUUUAUUUACAAAAAUGGGAAAAAUAAAAGAAAAUGUAAAAAAAAAAAAAAAAAAAAAAAAAAAAAAGAACAAACAAAACAGUCCCCAACCUGCACUCUACCCGGCCCCCAUCACCUACUCCAGCUCCCAACUUUUGUGGACUGAGCGGCCGCAGCGACUGGGUCGCCUUGGAUUCCCUCUGCCUCCGAGGACCCCAAAAGACACCCCCAACCCCAGGUCAGCCGGCCCUGCGCUGGCGCGGCCAAAAUACUACCUAGCACAGGCCUCUGCUCGAGGCACCCCCAAACUACCUAUGUAUCCAGCCUAGAGGGCCUCCAUUCCCAGGAAGCCCCUAUGUAUCCCAGCACUGGCAGACACCCAGCACCACCCUUCCAGAUCCGCAAGAACGUGAAUCUCACUACUACCUACUCCCCUAAAACUACCUAUUUUGUGCUGGCUGGCUUGCCUGCUACCUAGUGCCGACUGCUCCCAGGCAAGGCCCCUGCUGCUUACAGCUGGCAGCUUUUGGGGUCCCUGAGGCUGCCCUGAGAAUGUGCUGAGGUCCAGGAUCAGGGUAUUGGCAUCUAUUUAAAUUGAAAAAUAAUAUAUUUAUUCCAAAAAGCAUUCUAAGUGCUGCACCCUAGAAUCAAUCCCCCCUUCUCUGGCUUGGCACCCAAAGUUCAGGCCCAUCAACCCCCACUUCUGGAGGGGAAUGUUCCUGAGCUGGCUGCAGAUCUCUGGGUUAGCUUCUGCUUAGUAGGACGGUGGAAAUGCUCCCAGCUUCGCUGUCCUUUCCUCUGGCUCCUGUAUCUUACUGUUCAGCUGUGUUAAAUAUGUACGCCCUGACGUUUCCUAUAAUUGCAGAUACUGUAUAUUUGAACAAGAUUUUUUUGUUUGAUCGUUUCUAUAGUCUUGGAGUUCAUUUGUAAGGCAGUGUCUUGACUUGGAAAGGAUGUGUUAAUGGGGUGACUUUGUAGCAUGGUAUGUUGUCUUGAGCUAACUGUAGUGGGUGGGGAGGUCCAAUGCCCUCCGCAAUGCCCUUCAUCUCCUGUGUUGUCCUGUGUCCCCCUCAGCUCCAUCCUGGGGUUCAGGGAAGGCACACUUCCCAGCCCAGCUAACUGUGUUUUAUGUAACUGAAAAAUAAAGAUGCUUGGUGACAAAG